GGAUCCAGGUACGAGGAAGGCAGGGUGGGGAGCAAGCUGGCAGGAUGAUCAAGAGGGAGCUCUCUCCUCCUGAGAGCAAACAGUCCGCAGAAACGCUGGAACAGCGCGCAGCAGAGGAGGGGAGCUCAUCCAGAUCGGUGCCAGACGCGCGGUUGGCUUUUUUUGUUGUUUUUUGUUUUGUUUUUGUUUCCAGAGGCCUUUUUUUUUUCAAGUGAAGAAAAGCAACGCUUAAACCCGAUUUGCGUGACAUGGGAUCUAUCUUUCAGGAUUAAACGGGACCAUUCUAGACGCGCAGGUAGGCACCACGAUACGAAGAGAAAUAAGGACAGUUUGAUAUCCACCGAUCGAAGCCCAUCUCCUGAUAUUUGAACCUUUUUUUUUUCUCCACGCAGAAACUUUGUUCAGGAGGUGAAAGGGACUGUUCUUAACGCGGCAGCUCGGUGGCAAUUUAACAACGAUAUAAAAAAAAAAGAAAGAAACUUGCCAGAUCGACAGGUCUUCCGACUGAGCUGUCCCAGAAAUGGUGGGGCACCUACAUUUACAAGCGAUGGAUGAUAGCCUGAAAGGAAAGAACCGGGAAGGGCUGCUGGACAGUCCGGACUCGGGCUUGCCCCCCAGCCCCAGCCCGCCCUUCUGCCCGCUGUCUCCGGCUCCGAUCGAGCCGCGCUCCGGCGGCUGCGCGACGCCCGUCGACAGCUUCCACGGAUGUUACCGGAAGGAGAGCCGGGAGGGCAAACUGCUGCCCUACCUGCUACUGAACUCUGCAGGAACAGACCUGAAGUCUCGCAUGCACCCGGUGUUCUACGGCGAGAGCAUAGAAGUCAACCCCAAAGCGGAGCAGGAAAUCAAGUGCACAUCUGCCGUCAAGUAUGACUCCGACAAGCAUUACAGAGACCGGGUGGUGUGUGCCCCGGUUCCCAUGCCCACUUACUUCAGCGAGACUGUGGUGGCGGUGCAGAACUGCACUUGGAGGAGCUACAAGACGCAGGUGUACCUGGAGCCCCGGCAGAAGCCCGUCAGCUACCAAAGCACCACCAUCAUCUACCCGAAACACGCCAAAAACACUUACCGCACCACCCUCAGCUACAAUCCCACAGGCUCUCGCCGCUGGUUCGUGUCCACGGUGCAGCUGGAGGCCAGCGAGGACACGAGCCCUUGCAUCAUCUACACAGAGGACCUGUAGGGCCCAGGGAAGGCGCUACACGGUGCCAUCAAGCGACUGCUUUUGGACUUUCACGUUUUCUAUUCUUUUGUCCUCUUGUGAUGAUAAGGAAUUUGGAUUUCAACACUGAAAGGGAAGUGCCUGGAGCCAGGGCCUGGAGUUUUAAAACAAACGCGCUCUUAUAACUCUGGGAAUCAGAGUAUUUUGACUUCCUAUUGUUGCGGUCUUGAAUGGGGUCCUUUGUGCUCUGCAGCUGCACCAUAACGGUUAAUGUCUUAUGUAAUACAAGAGCAAAGAAGCUGGGGGCCUUUGCUCUCCCUUCAGGUAGGACUGGAGCCUUGGUGAGGGUAACGUUCAGAUUCCUGGUGUCUGUAUAUAGAAAGAAAGAAAAAAAAUCUAUGUGCUGUGGAUUUAACCCAGUUACAAAGAUGCAAAGAGUUCUGAAUAUGGCUCUAUUGCACUUGUUUUCUACAUGUCACAGUUCCCUCAGAGGACCUGGCGUAGCGGUGGGGAAUUUCUGUGCUGCCUCUGAAAAGUGGACCAAAAUUUUUUUUUAUUUCCUUUGAGUAACUCCAUAUACUCAGACUGAAAGCUCUAAAGGGACUCUGAAUAGUGUCUCAUUUCAUCAACCGAGGUUAGACUGAGGAAGGAGCGCAGAGUGAUCUUUAAACUGCGUGAAAACCACGCGAUAUGUCACCAAUUUAGAUUAAUGUUUGAACAUUUGGGAAACAGGAUCUUCUUGUUGUAGAAAAACAGUGGCCAUGUGCUGGGCAUAGACAGAAGGUUGACGCAGUUUUAUUUAUUAAAAUGUAGAAACUGAUAUUUUUUUUUUGGCACUGUUGUGGCUGUAAGAUCACAUGGCCUGUAUUUAGUAAACAGUGGAGAUGAAGGCCUUUCAGAGAGGUCAGAGUUAUUUAACAGCUUGUCUGUUUUCAGUCAGUGAGUUCAUAUCUAACCUGUGUUUGAUAUCGAAUCGUGGACUUAAUCUCACUGAGAAAAAAAAAAAAAGAAAAAGUUGGAGACGAUAGGGCAACUUCACUCAAUAUAAAUCCAGACUGGUUAGGCCCAGAGGCUAAAGCUAACCGCUAGUUCGAGAGGA